AUGCGAGUGGCAGUCAAGGUCGCUGGCGUCUCUGCGUGGGGGCCUGACGACUGGAUGAUCCUGGGCGCGUAUGCAGUUUUCGUAGCUUUCGUGCCGAUGAAUGUUUAUGAGGGCAGGAAUGGUGCUGGUCAAAACAUGUGGUCUUUGACCGCCGAUCAAAUCACCAAUUGCUUCAAGGGGUAUUACGUUUUGCAAGCCCUAUACCACUGCACGAUAACUCUUUUGAAAGCAUCCGUUCUCUUCCUAUAUCAGCGAAUCUUUCCUUUCAAACGGCUGAGCAUCGCACUCUGGGCAACGCAAGCAUUCAACUUGAUCACUGGAGUAAUGUUCCUUUUCCUCGGCAUCUUUCAAUGUAACCCGGUUCACCUUGCUUGGACGAUUUGGAGACAAGACGCUCAAAGCCAAGGAACAUGCAUGAACAUCGUCGAUAUCGGAAUAGCUCAUGGGGCCAUCCAAGUUGGACUAGAUCUCUGGAUGCUUGCUCUGCCCCUGAUGCAGAUUCAAAGUUUGAAUCUGAAAUGGGAGAAGAAGUCCAGCCUGAUGGCUAUGUUCAGCCUAGGUCUCUUUCUUACGGCCGCCAGCUCAGUCCGACUGAGACUCCUCACUGAAGACCAUCAAGAGACAUACAACUUUACAGUGAACUCGCUACCAAUCUCUACGUGGUCGAUAAUUGAGAUUGGUGUAGGAAUUUUUACGGCGUGUGCACCUAGCAUCCGACAGUUCUUCCGAGUCUUCAUUCUCAGACGGCGUGAUGGACAGGCCAGCUUGCACUCGGAACCCAGUCCAGGUAGGGCUUCUGGAGGCGCCGUCGAGGAGGUUCACUACGCAAGAUCACAGACGCAUGUCGAUGAGAUAAUUGCCUGA